UCCUUGCAGAACAGCUGCCGCGCAGGCCGGCGGGCGGUGCCGGUUCGGUCUCUCUAUGGAGCGGGGCGCGGCGGUGGCUGUGAGGCGGCUCCGCGCUGCUGGGGGAGAGCGGGAGCCCCGGGCCCCGCAGCUCCCGCUGUUGCCCGGGCGCGGGGAGGAGGAGCCAGGUGGGAAGAAGCGGGACUGCCCCGCCGGCGGCUCCCGGUGGCGGCUGCUUCCUGAGGCCCGGGGGGCGCUCUGGUGGCUGCUUCUACCUGCUGGCCGCUGCGGGCCCUGGGCCGCUCUCCCUGCGGCAGCUGCCUGGCGCCGGCCGGGGCCGCGGGACUUCCGCGCUCCCCGUUGUAGGGAAUAUCUUGAAAACAUAACGGCAGUUGGUCCCAGGACAGUCGGAAGUCCAGAAAAUGAAAUUCUCACAGUUAACUACCUCUUAAAACAAAUUAAGGCAAUUGAAAUUGAAAGCAGUGAUGCACACAAGAUUUCUGUAGAUAUACAGAGGCCAACAGGCUCCUUCAGCAUUGACUUCUUAGGUGGCUUUACUAGUUACUAUGCGAACAUAACUAAUGUUGUGGUUAAGCUGGAGCCCAGAAGUGGAGCUAAGCAUGCCGUGCUAUCCAAUUGUCACUUUGACUCUGUACCAAAUACCCCAGGUGCCAGUGAUGAUGCUGUUAGUUGCUCAGUGAUGCUUGAAAUACUGAACACUCUCUCAAGUCAUCUGAUUCCCUUGCAACAUGCUGUCAUAUUCCUUUUCAACGGUGCAGAAGAAAAUAUCUUGCAGGCUAGUCAUGGCUUCAUUACACAACACCGCUGGGCCAAGUCGAUUAGAGCAUUUAUUAACCUGGAGGCAGCAGGUGUAGGAGGGAAAGAACUUGUAUUUCAGACAGGGCCUGAAAAUCCUUGGUUGGUACAAGCAUACGUCUUUGCAGCCAAGCAUCCCUUCGCCUCUGUGGUGGCACAGGAAGUGUUUCAGAGUGGAAUUAUCCCUGCAGAUACAGACUUCCGUAUCUACAGGGACUUUGGGAAUAUUCCAGGAAUAGACUUGGCUUUUAUUGAAAAUGGCUACAUUUACCAUACAAAAUAUGACACACCAGACAGAAUACUAACGGAUUCAAUUCAGAGAGCAGGUGACAAUAUAUUAGGAAUGCUAAAAUACUUAGCAACAUCAGAUAAAUUGGCCAAAUCUUUUGACUAUCGGCAUGGAAAUGUGGUCUUCUUUGAUGUAUUUGGUCUGUUUGUCCUGGCCUACCCUGCUCGUGUUGGCGCCAUCAUGAACUAUAUAAUAACUGCAGUUACUGUCCUUUAUCUAGGAAAAAAAAUAUUACAGCCCAGAAACAGGGCUAUUAACUACAUGAAGGAGCUCUCCGUUGCGAUUUGCUUCACACUGUUAAGUUGGUUCUCCAUGUUAGUGACUGUCCUUAUUGUGGCAGUGUUCAUCUCUCUCAUCGGACGGUCUCUUUCUUGGUAUAACCAUUUCUAUGUCUCCAUCUUCUUGUAUGGAACUGCAGCUGCAGCUAAACUAAUCCUUGUGCACACGUUAGCCAAAAAGUUCUAUUAUAAGAAUACAAGUGAGCAGUACCUGGGGGAGAUGUUCUUUGAUGUCUCACUUCUUGUUUGGUCUAUUGCACUGGUUCUAAUCACUCAGCUAGGCCUUUGCUCGGCAUUCAUCUGUGCAAUGUGGGUAGCGUUUCCUUUACUCACAAAGCUAUUGACCUAUAGAGAAUUCAAACAAAAAGGUGCCACAAUAAGAUUUGUCAUGAUUUACAUGCUGGGAAUGUUUAUUCCAUACCUCUAUAUAAUGUACCUGACCUGGACAAUAUUUGAAAUGUUCAUUCCUAUCAUGGGUCGAAGUGGUACAGAAAUUCCACCUGAUGUAGUGCUGGCAGCCUUUAUCCUUAGCAGCACUGUAAUUCUAUCUUCCUAUUUUCUUAACUUCAUCUAUCUUGUCAAAAGUACAAAGAAGACACUGAUAAUUCUAACUACAGUGUUUGGAGUUACACUAAUUCUUGUUUGCAGUGGAGUAUUCUUCCCAUACAGUUCUGAUUCUGCUAAUCCAAAGCCUAAGCGAGUCUUUCUCCAGCACGUGAGCAGAAGAUUUUAUGGCUUAAAUGGAAAUUUGGUAAAAAGUGACUCUGGAAUAUGGAUUAAUGGGUUGGACUAUGCUGGAAUAUCUCACAUCACUCCCUACGUACCUGAACUCAAUGACACUAUCAGAACUAAUUGUGAGGACAAGGCCCCUCUCUGUGGCUUUCCUUGGAUUCUUCCUGUGCACUUUCUUCUCAGAAAGAACUGGUAUCUUCCUGCUGCAGAAAUUUCUCCCACAAACCCAGUUCACUUUAAACUUCUGGCCAAAGAGCAAAUGCACUGGAAUUCUACAAAGUUAACCUUUGAAGUAUCAGGUCCCAGUCACAUGUCGCUGUACAUUCGACCACAUGAAGGGUCAACACUGUCCAGCUGGUCUCUUGGAGAUGGAAUUCCUGUUGCUAAUAUAGGAGGGGAUUAUUUUGUGUUUUACGCUCAUGGGCUGCAGGCUGUGGCAUGGCGCUUCUGGAUAGAGUUGAAGGCUGCAGAAAAGCACUCUGAUGGAAUGGUUUCCCUCGCCAUAGCAGCACAUUAUUUCUUUGGGGAAGAUCAAAAGUCACCUCAGCUGUAUGCCUUAAUGGAGAGAUUUCCAAACUGGACAUUUCCUUCUGGUUGGGUCUGCACCUAUGACUUCUUUGUCUUUUAGUUUUGAAGCAAUGGAAAAAUGACUGAUUAGUGUCACUGUGUCAGAAGAUUCAACUCUCAUUCAUGAGUUAAUUCUGGCAAGGUGCACUAGAUGGUUUUCACAAAUCUGUGACAAACAUUUUGGACACAAGAUUGUUUCUGUGGUAGCUUGACUGCUUAAAGGAUAAGCAGGGUUCCUGUCCUCUUUCUCUGGGAGUGGGUGGUCUUGCCCUCUUGGGCUGGGGGAGAAGUGCCUCCAUAUUUAUGCAACUAUAAUUCAGCUGUUUCUCGCACUGACGUGGCAGUUUGACUAUUGUGGAUCUAACAUGAAGACUGCAUUUGAGGAGGUAACUUUAAUGAGGGUCUUUGUGAAGGAAUUCCCACAAUGUUGUAAAAUACUCAUCAGGUUUUAAAUACAUGUGGAUGCUAUCACCUACAAACACUUAGUCCUACCUGUCCUAUUAAAAUAAAAUAAGGUUUUGGCUAAAAAUUUUUUGAUCGUGUAUGUGAUGGAGCCAGAAGCCUUUUUCUGAGUAAGUAUUACUGUGACCUCUGGAUGAAACCAGUUUUGAAGUAGUCGCUUAGGCUAUGCUGUGUCCUUGGAAAAUUUCAAAGACUGGAAAUUUCAUGCCAUGGAACUUGAUGAUCAGUCUGUUACUUAGAUCAUUAACAACUUUUCUUUUCCUGUCCUCCACUGUUCUGUUUAAAGAUGUUUAUUGGUCACUUCCUUUCUCUGUCCUUGUGCUAACUCUUUACCACAGUGACUUUUGAGUGGAGGAGGUUUGCUUAUUUCACUGUUGGGAUCUUGCAGCCUGUUUCAAGUACAACAUGAAGACUAGACUUGUACCUGAGAUGCAAGCAUGUGGCAUUGUCGUGUACCUCAGAGCACUGAGCCACACUCUGGCCUUUUUUGGGUGGGCAUCUUGUAACCGCUUGAUUACUAGUUUCUAAAUUGGUGUUGAUUAUAAAUCUCUAUUUAGCAUACUGGAUUAUUUUUAUCUGUAUAUUUUUGAUUAAGUACUUUUGUGUAGGUUUUAUUGGUUGGUUAAGCAUAAUUAAUUUCAUUUCACUUCAUUUCAUUAAUACUUUGGUUCAGUGUUUAGUUUAAUUUAAACAAAAAAGUGCUUUCCAUAAGGAUUUAUGUAACUAUUGUGAAAAGAGACUUUUAAAGCACAUGAAGCAUCUGACAUUUGUGGAGAACUGUUCUUAACUUAAUCUUAGAGUGUGGGGUUUUCAAAAGCACAAGUGAUUUUGGAACACGGCUCCCAUUUAAAGUCAACAGGACUUGUGCUCCUAAGUUAGCUGUGUGUUUUGGAAAAUCCCACCCCUCUAUAAAAAUGCAGCCACCAAAAAAAAAAAUGGAAUCUUUGAUUUUUGUUUUCCUAAACUGUGUCUGUAAGCUGGGGAAGUAGGGAAAAUUUUUAGACUGUUGGGAAACUUCUCCAAAUUAAUUCCAGCUGUUUGUGCUGACCAUUCUCUAGCACAAUGGCGUGAACUUAGUGCUUUGUUCAUAGAAUAUCGGGGUUGGACGGGACCUCAGGAGGUCAUCUAGUCCAGCCCCCUGCUCAAAGCUGGACCAAUCCCCAACUAAAUCAUCCCAGCCAGGGCUUUGUCAAGCCUGACCUUGAAAACCUCUAAGGAAGGAGAUUCCACCACCUCCCUAGGUAACCUAUUCCAGUGCUUCACUACCUCCUAGUGAAAAAGUUUUUCCUAACAGCCAACCUAAACCUCCCGCACUGCAACUUGAGACCAUUACUACUUGUUCUGUCAUCUGGUACUCUGAGAACAGUCUAGAUCCAUCCUCUUUGGAACCCCCUUCCAGGUAGUUGAAAGCAGCUAUCAAAUCCCCCCCAUUCUUCUCUUCUGCAAUUAAACAAUCCCAGUUCCCUCAGCCUCUCCUCAUAAAUCAUGUACUCUAGCCCCCUAAUCAUUUUUAUUGCCCUCUGCUGGACUCUUUCCAAAUUCUUCUUGUAGUGGUGGGGCCCAAAACUGGACACAGUACUCCAGAUGAGGCCUCACCGAUGUCGAAUAGAGGGGAACGAUCAUGUCCCUCGAUCUGCUGGCAGUGCCCCUACUUAUACAGCCCAAAAUGCUGUUAGCCUUCUUGGCAAAAAGGGCACACUGUUGACUCAUAUCCAGCUUCUCAUCCACUGUAACCCCUAGGUCCUUUUCUGCAGAACUGAUGCCUAGCCAUUCGGUCCCUAGUCCGUAGCAGUGCAUAGGAUUUUUCCAUCCUAAGUGCUGGACUUUGCACUAGUCCUUGCUGAACCUCACUGGAUUUCUUUUGGCCCAGUCCUCUAAUUUGUCUAGGUCCCUUUGUAUCCUAUCCCUACCCUCCAGUGUAUCUACCACUCCUCACUUUCAUCUGAAUAAAAAUUGCCAAAUUAUAUGCACAGGAGUUCUUGUGUAUGUACCAGUUAAAGCAAACACUCUGUAGUAUUGUGGAUAUCUAUGUGAGAAAUUAAUGGUUAAGAUGACAUUCCUGAUGACUUGCAGUUGGCCCUGAGGGAUGAUGGUUCUCAUGAUCAUGUUUAUUGGCCACUAAUUUAAUUUUUGUAAUUGUUCAGUUAGAGUGUACUUAACCAGCAUGGAACAAAUCAGAAUAUUAUGAGGAUACAUUUGUAGGGUGUUGCAUGACUGAGAUACUCACAGACCAAUUAAAGUAUCUAAUUAUUUUGUUUUGUGUACUGCAUAAAGGAAACAAAGCCACCAGACUAACACUGUUGGCUCAACAGCACUUGGUCUUUCAUGUACAGUGCUUAUCCCUAUUCAUUUAGAGUACUUAACUAUAUAAAAAGGAGUGUAUUAUUAGCAAUCCUAAUAGUUCUGCAGAAAUCUUGAGUCUUAAUAGCUUUAAGUGUAUAGUAAGUCUCAUUAAAUGUACUAUUUUGUACUGCACUUAAACUUGAUAAGAAUUAAGGCUGUACCAGAAUCAUUCAUUGCUUCCCCAAAAUUAGUAUUUUUAUUGUGCCUCUAACUUGUAAACUUAAAAAAACAAGUGCAAGAAGAGUCCAUGGAGAGGAGGAAGAUACCAAUGUGCAGCAUACAGAUAACUUCUGGAACUUUAGUAAAGCAAUAACUAUAUUUUGUUACUGUAAGAAAAGUAAAAUGGUGUUGCUAACUCAGGAUCACCCUUUAUUAAAUAGCAGAAUUAAAUUGUCUGGGAUGACUGGUUAUUGUGAAUUCCUGCCUUAUUAACAUGCUGAUUCUGUUACUGGGAGAUUUUGUUUCUAGCACUGAAAGCCCAAAUCUUUUACUUGAGACUUGGGGAAUUACAAUUACUGGUAAGACAUGACAUGACUGAAGAGCGUAAAAAUAUUCUCCAUAAAGUGUGGAUAUGGAGUAAGAGGGCAAUGUGUCUGCGUACCUGAGUAGGUGAGCCUGCUUAGUGUAGCAGAGGGUUGCUGAAUUGUUUAGCAGGUGUCAGCGUAACAGGCUUCUAAAAACUGCAAUGAUACAAAUCACAUGUAGGUAAUCAGAUGCCAGAAUGGCAGUAGGAUUCAGAUAUAUUGGUUAUGUUGAAUAAAAACUGAUAUCAAUGCAGUUUCUUCUGUAUUAGUUUUUUCUUUGAAUUCUAGAAACAAUUCUGCAAGCCCUACAUGCAACUCACUCAUUUCACACUAUAAACAGUGCAGCCUUCAGUAAACCAUUUCAGGAACUCACCUACCUUUUUUAAUACUGUAAUUUUCUUGCCUUGAACUCCUAAUAAAGCACAGUAUUGGACUUGACUGCUUUUGUGAUGUGCUUCAUAACUAAAUUGCAAUAUGCCCAAAGGCUGUCACACUCGUGCAUUGAGUUGAAAGGUAAAGGUGCACUGUGUUGGAAGCCUUUCUUUACUUUUUGUGGUGCAGUAAGCAAGUAGUGGAUUAAUUGUUCCAUUUGAGGUGAUAGAAGUUUCUAGAGGUUUAGGCUAACUCUUACCACAUGAGACUUUCCAGGAGAACCUGUAAGUCUUAGUAAUUUAAACCUUUACCAGUGGUGUGUCUAUAUAAAUAAACUUAAUUACCUUACAGUAAGUGUGGAUCUGUGCAUUCUGUACACAUGGAUCCCACUCUUGUACCCAGGUGAUAGGAAUCUUUUAACCAGGAGUGUGUGUGGGGCUGUGGAUGUGCUCUAUAUGCCUUCAUGCUACCCCUCUUGAGGGUGCAGCAUCCCCAUCUGCAUAUAGAACAUCUUGAAGAACCUCAGUUACUGUCAGGUAAGUAACCAUUGUUUCUUUGAGUAUGUGUACAUGUGUAUUCCACUCUUGGUGAUUACUCAGGCUUAACUUUUCUAGAUCAUGAGAUGGGAACCUAUUGAAGUAAAGACUAAUACUGCUUGACCAAACUGGGCAGCAGACAUGGAGGCUGAUACCUGUGAAUUGAGAUCCAUGCUGCUGCUCAGCAUUUCCAGGUUAGGCUAGAAACUCAGAUCUCCUGUGUAACACAGGCCCUGGGAGUCACUUGAAUUAAUUCCUGCUUCAAUUCCAAAUCCUAUGGUUGACAAGAGCACUGGUUUUCAAUCUGUGGUCUGCUGAUUAUAUCUAAGGGGUUAAUGAAAGAUUGUCAUUACUAUAGAACAAUGGUUUUCAACCUGUGGUCCACACACUAAGAUUUCCAAAGGGGUCUGCAGAUGAAAAAAAUGUUGAAAAUCACUGGACUAAAGCAUAUCUUUUGACUUAAGAUUUCCAGUGAGGGGGAGUCCACCACAACCUAUGGUAACUGUUCCUCAUAGUUUUAGUCUGAAGCACUCUUAGCUCAAGCUAUUGGAUUAUAUUUCUCUGCUAAAUUGAAGAGCUAUCAAAUUUGUGUUCACAAUGUAGGUUUUAAUUUGAUCAGUCUCAGCACGUUGGAGUCUCAUAUAAUGCAUGGUUUCCAAUAACUCUCAUAGCUCUUUUCUCCACAAUUCAGGAAUGAUGGUGAUAAAUUAGCACUGGUGCAGCUGUGUUCCAAUGAGGUAAUAUAAAUUUCCUCCUCCUGCUUGUAGAUCCAAGGAUUGCACAAGUUUUUUUUGGCUACAGUAGUGUUCAUGCUCACCUGAUUAUCUACCAAACUCUGAGUCAUCGCAUCCCAGGAUUGAUUCCCCAUUGUGUAGUGGACUUUGUGCUGGUGGUGGAAUAGUAGCAAUCUUCAAACAGGAGAGGCCCGUGAAGUUCGAGAGGCCACUGAAGAGGAUAACAGAGGAAAUGUGCUUCAUAUUACAGUCAGUGCAGAUAUCUACUCUGUUCCUUUCUACACCAAGCACCAUAUCUGCGUGGGAGGGGGACACUGCCUUUAAAAACAAAAAUGUGCAGUACUCUGGAACACAAAUGUCUUACUGGAUCAGACCAGGGGUCCAUCUAGUCCAGUACUUGGUCUCUAACGAUGACCAAUACCAGCUCCUUUACAGAAAGGAAGGGAAUAGAAGAAAAAUAGCAUAGCCUACUCCCAAUAAAGUCUGUCCUAACUUCCAAUAGUUAGGAAUUUCCGUAAACUCUGAAGCUUAAAGUUUUUAUCCCUUUAUGAGACUGAAAGAGGUUGAACACUAUAAUUUUCAAAAUAAAAAUACCACAAGAAAAACAAUCAAAACUGAUACUUGGGAGAAACAUUUAGAUGGAAUUCUUCUGGCAAAUCAACACCAGAUUCAGAAAAAGCUGGUCCAUUCCACAUAAGCGUUUAGCACUCCCUGAGAGUGAUUUUCUUCAAAUAGGAGUCUUUCACAAGAAUCUUUGAUCUGGCAGCUUAGGGAAAAAGAUGUUUCCCUGGACAGAAUCCUCCCACCAUGAAGAUGACAACUGCACACUGAACAGAAGGAAGGGUGACAAAUUCUACCUGCUCAAAAGCACAAAGAUUUAGGAAAUCAAUGCUUAUGGCUAAAAAUUCCAUAGGGAAUUUCUGUGCUUAGGCUGGUAGGAACUCUUAAUACUAAAGUCAUAAAUCUAACAACUUCGAUCCAACUACUAGAAAUAUCCUAAUUUUAAAUGGUCCAAAAAAGGAAAAAGAAAGUUUUAAAAUAGCUUAAGAUUGGAGAAAAUUCUCCUAAGAACGUAACUGAAUUCAGUUUGCAGGACAUGAAUCUGACUUCACUGUAACUAAAAUUGAUUUGAAUUACAUGCUUUCACUUGUAAUUGCCAGAAUUAUUGUUCACACCUGUCUGCGUAGUGCUAAACUCACUUAACUUGCCUUAUUAUCUGUUGUAUUGCUUAAAAGGACUAAACUUGAAAUCUUUAGUUUUAGGAGUAUAUAACUAAAUCUCAGCAUUUGCAUGGCACUUUUGUAGCUGGGUACUGCAAGGUAUUUAUGUGCCAGAUAUGCUAAACAUUCAUUCCAGAGGACAUUCUUCCAUGCUGAUGACGCUCAUUAAAAAAAUAAUGUGUUAAUUAAAUGUGUGACUGAACUCCUUGGGGAAGAAUUGUACAUGUCUGGCUCUGUUUUUCCUCACCUUCUGCCAUAUAUUUCAUGUUAUAGUAGACUCAGAAGAUGACUCGGCAUAUGUUCAUUUUAAGAACACUUUUGCUGCAGAUUUGACAAAAUGCAAAGAAGGUACCAAUGUGAGAUUUCUAAAGAUAGCUACAGCACUGCACUCAAGGUUUAAGUCUCUGAAGUGCCUUCCAAAUUCUGAGAGGGAUGAGGUAUGGAGCAUGCUUUGAGAAGUCUUGAAAGAGUAAUAUACUCCAAAGCGGAAACUACAGGACCUGAACAAAGAAAAAUGAAAAUCAACCUUCUGCUGGUGGCAUCUGACAGAUGAUGAAAAGGAAUAUGCAUUGGUCCGCACUGCUUUGGAUGGUUAUCGAGCAGAACCUGUCAGCAUGGACACGUGUCCUCUGGAAUGGUGACUGAAGCAUGAGGGGACAUCUGAAUCUUUAGCACAUCAGAAAUGUAAAUAUCUUGCAACACCGGCUACAACAGUGCCAUGAGAACACCUGUUCUCACUUUUGUGAACAAGUGGGCAGCAUUAUCUCUUGCAUAUGUAAACAAAACUGGCUUGUCUGAGCAAUUGACUGAACAAGAAACAAGCCUGAUUGGACUGUAGGCUUUUAUAUUAUUUUACAUUGUUUUAUUUUUGAAUGCAGUUUUUUUUUUAACAUAAUUCUACAUUUGUAAGUUCAACUUUCAUGAUUGCACUACAUUACUUGUAGUAGGUGAAUUGAAAAGUACUAUUUCUUUUGUUUUUUACAGUGCAAAAAUUUGUAAAAAUAAAUAUAAAGUGAGCACUGUACACUUUGUACUCUGUUAUAAUUGAAAUCAAUAUAUUUGAAAAUGUAGAAAACAUCCAUAAAUAUUUAAAUAAAUGGCAUUCUAUUGUUUAAUCGUGCGAUUAAUUUUUUUAAUUGCUUGACAACUCUAAGAAGUUGAAUUAUAGUUGUUCCAGUCCAGUUACUUCAUUAAGUUUAUUCUUGGUUAUUUGAUAUUCUGUCUCAGUUUAGCUGUUGAAUUAUAUUAAAAAUGUUUAGUUACUAGUUAAUAUUGAUGCUGUUAGUAUCUUAAAGUGAACACCAUUGUGGUUAAUGCUCAGAGGUUUUCGAAUUUUAUACUCAGCUUUUAACUAGUCCAUUCAAUAUAGUUAACCAACCAUAUUUUAAAUUUACUUUAUAUUUCAGAAUUUCAUGUUUAGUUUAGAGGUUGUCUUAAGAGUUGCUACAUUGUAUCAUUCAUUUUAUUUACUUGUUUGUGGUGUAAAUCAUUUGCAUGAUUUAAUUGUUUAAGUAAUUAAAAAUUAUAAAACCAA